AUGGCUCAAGCCAGCCGUGAAUCAGCUAUAGCACAUGUUUCAAGUCAGUGGGCAAAAAACGACAUCUGGUUAAAAAGUCCGUCCGCCACGGCUUGACAUCUUUCGCGUGUCUGCGUCUCUCCGUUCUUUCACCGGCGAGGUCAGAGAAACAUGGAAAAAACACGUAAACAUGAGAGAGACGUCGGUAGAAAAAGAGGGCGCAGAGAAGUCACGCCCUUUCAAGUCACGAAAAACGGACUAUAUCUGGCCUUUUUCAAAAGUCUUACUGUGAAUGGGAACAAGUCUCUUCAAUUAAAAAAGUUUUGUUUUUUUUGAAACCGCUUUUUUCAAAAAAACUACUCCAGUCUCUCAAAAAAAUUUCAAGGUGAAGAGAAAAUUGAUAAAAAAAAAACGAAGAAGCCUCAUGAGAAGCAGCAUCCGUCCAUGGAUUCUUGAAAAAUGAAUAUUUUCGUGGGUCUAAAGCGGCAUUCACAAGAAUAGUCAGUAAAUCAAUUAUAAUGGCAAGUGGGGCUUUUUCAAAAUAUCCACUAAAGCCGUGAGAAAGGCGAAAAAAAUUAAAGAAGCGAUAAAAAGGAAAAUAAUCCUUUUCAGCGUGUAAAAUAAAUUGAGAUGAACUUGUGAGAUAAGAAAAGAAAAAUCAACGCGACGAGUAAAGCCCAAAAGAAGGUUAUUCCUGAAGACUUGAUAGUCUACAGCAGCUACCAGCGACCAGCGACCAGCGACCAGCGACCAGCGACCAGCGACCAGCGACCAGCGACCAGCGACCAGCACCAAACAAUGGACAACGGAAACCGUGGAAAGAAGAAUGUGGCCAAGUGGAUUUCAGGUAUAAUACAGUACUGUAGGCGUUCGCUUACAUUAGCUCUCGUCUCAAGAAUGGAAUGAAUAGCUAGGGACUUUCAUGAACACAGACAGAUGUUCAGUGGUGCACCUUUUUAGAAGGCCUUAAGUAAGCAUCAACGAAGAAUAGUUAAGAGCGCUUGAGUUCUUUUAAAGGCAUUAAGCUCAUUCCUCUUAUUCGACAUACCCUAGUCCAAAUAAAUAGGAAGCGGAGCACGGUAUUUAGCCGUUUUUUCUUCGUUGACUUCUUGAUACCGUUUUGGGCUCUCGAUUCUGUUCAUUCCUUCCAAUGACGUAGGACUCGAAAAGAACAAUGAUAUAGUCCUAUUUUUCCGUUGAUCCUUUAUAAUGCCAUUCAGUUUCAUUCUUCGAAAACCGUAUAGUCUUGAGAAAUUCGGAUUCAUUAACCAUCAUGUAGAGGGGAACGAAUAUUGACAGUCUUCUAUAUCGAAAAUAUACAAGAAACAUUUUCUCAGCCUUUUCAAAAAUAAGCUUGCGGUCUCUGACUUUGUUGCUAUAAAGUAAGCGCACUCUUAAGAUGUAGGAACUUGAAAAGUCACUUGCGGAUUUCAACUCCAGUUCAAACGCGAUCGUGCAUAUGAAUGACUCAAAAACUGAGGGAUCACUUGACAGAACGUCGCUGAGAAUCGUUCAACAAACCGACUCCGAUUUUUGUCGAAAAAAAACUGAUUACUCGAAUUAUAGGAUCGAUCGAAGGUGACAAGGGCGGCGCAGCAGGCGAAAGAUCCAGGGUCGGGGGCAUCCAGAAUGCCAGUUCGUUUCAAACUUCUCUUAACAUUCCUGUGGUACUUGAGAAAACUCUGUUUCAAAAACAUGAAAUAUUUUAAUACGAAGGCAUCUUGCUCUUGUCAGAUGUACUCAGAACGUAGGAAUGAGCUUCUCAAAGUGAGUUUGGUCCUAGAUAAGCUGAAGUCCUUGUUAGCUUCUUGAUGAAGCGCACGAACUGUACAAAAAGCGGUUUGCAAUGUAUUUCAAAUCAGUAAAUACUGAUCAGUUGAGCUAUUAUGAGAACAAUGUUUAGAAAACAUCAUCUAUACGGUGAUUGGCGGCGUAUUCCGGCUAAAAGGCGGAUCGGAAGCACUUCCAACGACCCCGUGUGAGCCCACGAGCCCGAACCAACCCAACGUCAACAUGCAGAACCCGAAGCCAGAAGGUAUAUUAUGUUGAAUCAAUUAAAACUCGCUGUUUUAAUACUAGUAGUUGAGCUAGUAGCACCGGAGAAAUGGAAAAAGAUAAGAGAAACGAAAUACUUAAUGAGGAACACUGAGAAAAGCAGUAAUUUUUGUGUAGAAAUGUACCUUUCCGAUUUGAAUUUUGAUUUAAAACGUAGAAAUUUAAAAUCAAUGAAUCUCACAGUUAAAUCGAGUAUAAUGUCCAAAGAUCAUUUAAAAAAUGAAGACUUUUAAAGAUUCAACUAAUAUGAAUUACUCAUCUCAUUUCAAAUAUUCUUUUCCUCGAUUAGUGAGACUCAUCUCAUUUCAAAUAUUAUUUUCCUCGAUUAGUGAGAUUCAAACAGUACAAAUUCAUCACUCAAUGAAAAAAGCCAAGAUUCUCUAGCUGUCCAAGGUGUCAGCAAAGACUCGGCCAAUGUUCAGAACUUAUUUUGAAAUUUAAAGUUAGGACCUAGUUGCUUUCGAGUCGAUUCUGUAUCCCUCGAGUUUUGUAGCCCCGCCUGGGUACGAGAUCGAGGGCAGCGAAGCCGCGCACAGCGGAGUGAUGCCGAAAACGGAAGACAAGGUGCUCUCAGAGCUUACCAGCACGGAAGGGACAGGAAAAUGCGGAAUUAGGGAGGGACUACUCAUGACAGCAGAAGAGAGGAAGAAAGUGAUUGCAAUGAGGGACAGUAAGCGUUACUUUUUCAUUUCAUUCUAUCACUUCAUCACCGAUAAAACUGAUUCAAGGUAUGAAUUCAAACCUAGAGGCCGAUUUUUUUUUUAGAAAAAUCAACUAAGGAUGAAUUGAUUUAAUUUUCUUUGUUAAGAUUUGGAUUGAAGUGAACUCUUUGGGGUUUGUGAAUAAUAUAAAUAAAGUUUGAGUGUUUCGAAACCUUUCUGAAAAAGGCGGUAAAUUCUCAUCCAUCAAUUCCCUUUGAAAUUAAGGUCCAGUUCCCGUUAGAACUUAAUAAAGCUAAACAAUGAAUAGUUAUUGGGAAUAUUUUCAAAAAAUCAUGUGAGCUCGUAUUAACUGAGCAAACCGUGAGAUACAUUUGAAGUCAUUAUUAUAAAAAACCAGAAAAAAAACGUAUUUUUCUAUAGUUCCAUAUAAGAACUUUUUCAUCCGCUCCUCCUCUACUAAUAAAGACACCGAAUUUUCGAAAAAUGAGACGAUCUAAAAAAAAACAAAGGUUUAAUAGAUUUCUCAAUUUUUCUUUUGGGAUUCUCUAUUCUAUUUACAGUUGAAGACUUGCAUCAAGUCAUAGUUCCGUUGCGGGAAGCCAAGAAGGUGCAGAUCGACGACGAAACAUUUUUAGAAAAGUUGUACUUUUUCCAUGGGUAAAAAAUUUUGAUUGUACCACAUCGAAAUCGAUCUUGUUCAGUUUUUUGCCACAGAUGGAGUGCCGAGUAUUUCUCCGCCGAGCGGGCGAUUUCUUGAUCAGAAAAUGGGAAGGUGAAGCAAAAUGGAAGUUUAGACUCCUUAAUAAGGUUAUUCAGACGAGGGGAAGGAUUAUAUAGUCGUGUCUGUGGGCGUGCUAUUAGAAUACACAAGAGACGUGAGCGAUGGUGAUUUUUUUAAAAUCUUUUUAAAGUUGAAAAAUUUUUCAAGUCAAAUUCAUAGCGGUUAAAAAGGGAGUUUUCAACCUUUUGAAUAUAAAAGAAGUUCUUCAAUGAAAUUUCGUUUUUCUUCUAGCUUUUUUUAUGUUAGAUAGUCUCAAUACCAGUUCUCAUCCCACAAUCCCCUUCACAUUCGAAUUCCAGACAUGGACCAGAACUACGGCGCUGACGAGCCAGUUUUUAUCAAGGACUAUGUAGUCAAGCGGAACAAGAAGGGUCUCUUCAUCGAUUACGAAAUUAAUUUUGACUCGCUGGAGAAUCUACUCGUCUACUAUCUCUUUCACCCGCACAAGGUAAAAACUAUUGAUUAAGAAGAUGAGGGCGAAAUAGGAGAAAGUUUCGAGAAAGGGAAAUUAGUAGUUGAAUUAGUUUAUAUCGAAAAUGAAAAAUUCUAAUAAUUGAGUCCGUUAAAAAAAUAAGCUUUGAAAAAUAUAUAAUUUCAGGAGUCGCUGGAGAUUCAAUUGGAACGUCCUUGCCCGAAGCGCUACUUCGAGUUCAGCGCCGCUCAAAUAGAAAAGAAGAAGACGGUGAGUUAUGAACACCGUGAAAGUCAAAAAUCGUAGAGAACGAAAAUGAAUGAUCCAUGGACAGUUUCAGCAAAAAUUAUGAGUGAUUCUAUAUCUUGAAAGUUUUUACUUUUUUCAAUAGUUUGUUAAUGGCUUGUUGCAAACCACCAAAGUUGCUCCAAAACGAUACUUAUUUUCGUUUCCUGGCAAUUUUCGCUUUCCCCGAUGAACACGCCAUCCAAUUUGAAUCAACAUCACAUCGGAAAACAUUAAUCAAACUGAUAUAAACUACAUUAUGAAUUGAGCACAUUCAUUCAUCAAGAAAAUCAAAUAAAGCACUUAAGUGACUGAAAGUAGCGAGAAUCGUCAAUUCUGGUAUCGAAUUCGGCUGAGAAAAGUAAUUCGGACUGAAAAGUCCGUUUUUGUUGUACCUUUUUGAAAAAAAAAUGUUUGAAAGCUGUCUGCCAAAAUUAAAUAUCUCUUUUCAGCUCGGAUCAGGUGCCUUUGGAGAAGUUUUUUUGGGCGAAGUGAACGCGAUUGGUAUCAAGGACAUGCCGGUCGCCGUCAAAUCGGUGAGUACAAUUGAAGGAGUGUUCUUGGAAAUAACUUCUCUUCUUACAGUUGCUGAAGGACGCCCCGAACUCAAAUGAGCUCAGCGAACGGAUGCUCGAAGAAGCACGAAUUAUGCUGACCCUCAAUCAUGAACACGUGUUGGAAAUCUACGGAUGGGCGAUCGACAAGAAGCCGUUCAUGUUGUUAAUGGAGCUGAUGGAAGGUGAGCGUUUUCACUAAUGGAAAUGAAUUCAAAAACUAAAGCUAUUUUCAACUUGGAUCUCAAAACUUGAGCAAAGAAAUCUGUACUUUUUCAAGUCCUACAUUCCAUUUGUUUUUGAGAGCUGAAGUAAAAUUAACUUGCAAUUUUGUAUGAAAGCUGUAAACUUGAAUGAAAGGAAAAUCCUAACGAAGCUUUAAUUCCAGGAGGAUCAUUGGACAAUUUCCUCAUAAACCACUUUGAUGGUUCAAACGACACCCGUUUGGUUAAGUUCGCCCUUGAAGCUGCCAAAGGAAUCGCGUAUCUCCAUGAGAUGAACGUACUACACCGAGAUGUGGCGGCCCGAAACUGCUUGUUGACGGCCGACCUCACGGUUUGAUCGGGAUUAUCAACAGAAACUGGAAAGAAAUAUUUUCUAGCUCAAGGUCGCCGAUCUGGGCCUAGCAACGACUGGUACGUGGUAUUAUAUGAAGAGCGCCGAGAAGCUACCGACGAGGUACCUUUCGCCGGAAACUCUUUCCAUGUUUGUGUUCGUCCAGGCUUCCGACUGUUUUGCCCUCGGAGUGAGUUCACUUGGUUAUAAUGGGAGACGAAUUGAUUAUUUUAGAACUUGGUUUACGAGAUAUUCAGUGGUGGGCUGAUGCCGUUUGAAGACUUUAACUCUGCUGACGCCAGAGAAAAGGUCUGUUCCGUCCUUUUCAAGUACUUUCCAGUUGAAAGUGAUGAGAGCAAGCGGAAUCAUGAGAGAAAACUUCCAAUUUUUAAAAGAAUUCUCCCGUAUUCUGAGUUUAGAUUUUGACGGGUGAAACAAACAGUUUCGAUGAGACUCGCGCUCCGCCGGCACUUCGUUCAUUCGUCGAAAAGAACUUGUGGACCUACAUGAUGAGAGACAGAAAGGACAUGCAAACGGUUUUCAAUUUUAUUUGGUUGAAUCUCAAGAAAAGUUUCAGACUGUUGAGUACCUCAAAGGCAUCUACAAAGCCUGCAAAAAGGUCAGUUACUCUUUCUACACCAGUUUCUGAUUUAAAUACUUCUUCAGGUGGAAGGAGGUCCGAAGACCCUGACACAAGAGACGGAAAUGAGUAUUGUGAGUUCGAACGAGCUCAAAAACCGGAAUUGUUCAAACUUAUUUCAAACCUUUCGCGAUAACUUUAGUGAGAAACUUUUCGGAAAACCAUGAUUUUUGAUUUGAAUCGAUAAGUGAAAUGAUGAAAUAAAGUAACUCUGGAAAAAAAAACAGAACAUAGUUCCAUGACAAAACUUUUUCGAAUCUGAAUUUCUUGUCGAGCAAUAAUCUCCUGUCGCUACAGGCUAAAGAAGAGGGGGAACCCGUCAAUAAAGAAGUCACAGUAAAGAUUCGCCGCCGGAAGCCAGUUAGCCGCGCUGUCAGUUACGCCUUUACCGGGACCAUCUUGAGAGAACUUUCUUCAGGAAAUCAUGGAAGAUAUCUGUCCGACGCAGGAAGAGACAGCCGCGAACAAAGACUAG